GUUUGGACACUGUUUGGCACUGUUUGAACACUGUUUGGCACUGUUUGAACACUGUUUGGCACUGUUUGACACUGUUUUGUUUACCAAAUGGGAAGUGUGGCAUUCAUUUUGAAACGUCCAAAAAAGGAAAGUGUGUCAACCAAACUGAAACGAAGGGAGUAUUAAUUAGUCACAACGGUUUGUGAUAUCAUACAGAACUAAUUCAAAUAAUAGAUGGUUUUUCAAACGGUUACAACUUUCUUCUUUUAAAAUCUUUUCUGUCAUCAACAACCAAUAAUUAUAAAAAUCUCACAAAAGUAUCUUUUGAGUUAAUUCUUCAAACAUAAUACUACGUAUAUCCAUAAACUUUGUAUAUGGUGGAUCCGGAGCCUCUGUCUUGCUUCUUCACAGCCGUCCAAUCGAAAAUUCAAUGACCGGAGAUUUUGGGAUCCACUCUUUUGUCAAUCUCGAGGCCGUCCUCGCCGCUACUCGGCCGUCCGAUGCACAAUGGACUCUGUCGUGCGGCCGAGGAUCCCGAUCUGUAUCUCAUGUAAUAUUCUUACGUUUCCCUUUGUAAGAUAGAAGUUCUCAAGAUGAAUUAAUUAAAAUAAAUAUGGUAAAAGCUCGUAGAGAAAGAAAUAAAAGCAUAAAUAAAAUUAAAGCAAAGUAGCAUUACUAAAUUUUAUAUAUAUUAAUUAAAUUAAUAUAAGAGAGAGAAGUUCAACAUUCUGCAGGUAGACAUUGCCCUGUGGCGUGUGAAAGCUUGUGGUUGGACAUCCAAUGGACUGAUGGAUGGAUGAGGGUGUUAAAAAAAUUAUUUAUAGGCAUUGCCCAUUUAAAACUUUGUCACAUUUCAUUUUUUGAUUAUAAAAAUUUUACCACUUUAUUUUUAAUCUAUCAAUUUAUGGUUUCUAUUAUUUGUCUCUUCUCCAUACAAAUGUCACUGCACAAUUUUUACUUUAUUUAUUUUCUGUACCGAUCAAACUUGAUAAAGUUUUGAGUGAUGAGAAAAAAAUUACAGCCAAAAAAUGAAAAACAUGUACACUUCCCAUUUUUCUAAAAAAAAAUGCAGAACGCUUAUUUUGGGGAGCCUUCCUGGAAUAUAGAGCAUGCAAACGACAGAGCAUAAUAGAUCACCAAAAUGGCCAACCAUGCAUGUGCUACAGUGCUAAAUUCUCAGUGUGAAAUGACUGUAAGGGACUUGGUCAAGCUGUAGCACUGCGCACAGACUUGCAAAAGAAAAAGGACUCUCAGCGAAAAAGAAAGGAAUGGGACCGACUUUUUUCUUUUUUCUUUUCUUUCUUUCCCACCAUUGUUCUUUUCUUCUAACCACACCUUUCUCUUCCAUUGCUUCCUUCUUCACACAAUCCAACCCUCUCUAUUUCAGCAUAAAAGAUUUAACCCUUUGCAGGAAGUUAAGAGGUAUCUUGAGACUGAUAGCCGCUAAAAGUGGGGAAAAGAUCAGUUUUUGUUUUCUCAGAUUUUGUUUAAUAAAUAAAGUGGGGUAGAGCUGGAAAAAGAGGACAAGAAGAAGAAAUGGGUGUUCAGCUGCCAGAUGUUGCAGUUGAAAUGAGGAAAGUUCUAAUCUUUUCCAUCAAAACAUGUUAUAAAAUUGUUUCCAGCCAUCCAUUCCUAGUGGGGUUGUUUUGUUUUUUGGCGUUACUGUACAGAUCAUUCCCUUUGGUGUUUUCUGUGUUGGUGUCUGUAUCUCCUGUUCUUAUCUGCACUGCCGUUCUCCUUGGAACUUUAUUGAAUUUUGGCAAUCCAAACAUACCUGAGAUUGAAAAGGAAGAAGAAGGAGGCAAAACAGUUCAUGAUCAUAUAGUAUCUCUAAAAACUGGGGUUUUGUCAAAUUCCACUGUUCUUGAGAAGGAUGAGAGCUAUUAUUCUGUUGAACAGUUCAAGGAGAAUAAGAAUAUAUUAGAUCAGUUACUUGAUGAUCCAUUUUGUGGUAAGGUUGAAAACCAAACCCGGGGUAUUGAGUUGUAUGAUGGGAAAAUUUCAGAGCAUAAGUACACUCCAAUUCCUAAUAUGGAUGAUGAGAGUCUUGAUUCUGAUUAUGAGAAACCCUCAUAUUCCUGUGAUAAUAAUAUGGAUGAACACAAUCUUGAUUUUGAUAAAAAAUCUGCGGACUCAAAUGACUCUAAGAUGGUGAACAUUGGUUCCCCUCUUAUAGAUAGGGAGGAUUUUGAACACCAUCGAUUCUCACAGGUUCCUAAUAUAGAUGACGAUAGGAAUCUUAAAUUUGAUGAAAAAGACCCUAAAAUGGCGAUGGUUGAUUCAAAACAAGAGGAGCAAGAAGAGGAUGCUGAUUAUGAUGACGAGACUUCAGAUUCCGGUUCGGAUGGAGCAGAGAGUUCUUCCCCAGAUGCUUCAAUGGCUGACAUCAUCCCGAUCCUUGAUGAACUCCAUCCUCUUCUGGAUGAAGACGAGAACAACCCGCAACCCGUUAAUGAUUCAGAUUCAGAAUCAGACGACGGGUAUGAAAACCAGGAAGUAGAAGAGAAAAUCCGCAAAGAACAAGCAGAAACCAAAUCUAGAAUGAUUAUAUGGACGGAGGAGGAUGAGAAGAAUCUGAUGGAUCUUGGAAGCUCAGAGAUUGAGAGGAAUCAACGGCUGGAAAGCCUCAUUGCCCGUAGAAGAGCUAGGAUGAACAGGAGGAGUACAAUGGUUGAGAAGAAUUUGAUUGAUUUCGAAAGUGUUUGUGAUCUUAUCCCAUUCAACAUUUCCCCCAUUUCAAUUCCCAAAAAAAAUCCGUUUGAUCUUGCUGCUGAUGAUAUAGGACUACCACCCAUUCCAGGGUCUGCCCCAUCCGUUUUGCUUUCCAGGACCAACCCGUUUGAUAUCCCUUAUGACUCGAGUGAAGAAAAGCCUGAUCUAAUGGAAGACAGUUUCCAACAAGAGUUCAAGACUGCCAAAGAUCCAUUCUUUAGUGUACGCCCAUCAUUAUUCGUUCCAAUUAUACAAGAUACGCACUCGGAAGGAGCAAGCUAUCCACGGUUUCAAAGACAACCAAGUGAGCUUAGUGAGUCAAAAGUUAGUUCUAUUCCUGAAACUGAGUCAAACGAUUCAGCUAUUGAUUCAGAAGUCCAGAAUUUGGCUGAUGAGACCGAUGGUAUGUCAUGGAAAAGUGAAGAGAAUGGUCUGGAAGUGGGACCAAGUCCGGCCCAUGAAGGAUGUGCUUCUGAAACUUUGGAUCUCAUUGCAACUGAAAUUCAUUCACAGCCAGAAACUUCAUUAGGAGGGGCAGAUGUGGAUGAGAAUCAUCAAUACAGGGAGCCUAUAUAUGAUCUAAGUCCAACUCGAGCAGAAAAAAUAUCUUCAUCAUCCAUUGCUUCAGAUGAUCAAGUGAAGGAAAUUAAGGAAAUGGAAAAGCCUACUCCAAUCAGUGAAGAAAUCUUAGCUAAUACAUGCUCCCAGCCAAACUCUCCCGGAUAUAAAUGUGCUGCUGCAGCAAUGUCAUUUCUUCAGUCUGAUGAUGAAUUGAGAUUGUUGGAUUCCAAAGACCAGACUGAAGUGCAGCAGGAGACACCGCUUAUUUUGAUGGAAUCACCUAAGAAGGCAAGUGAUUUAAAUGUGUUAGAAACGAGAGAUGUUGACAGCGAGGCUCAUUCUCCACCAUCUCCUGCGUUUAAUCAAAUGCUCCACACGGCUGAUGAUGGUCAAACAGACACAAAAGAGAGAUCUUUUAAUGAACUUGAAAAUGAUGACCACAUUGAUGUCUUAUCACCCCAUAAGUUUUUCAUGGAAGCAAUUGAUUUCCAUGAAAACAUGCAACACGUAGAUGACGAAACAGAUGGCAUCAAGGAAAUCGAUGAGGGGAUAUUAUCCGAAUUAGAUGCUGUUGGUGAUUUCAGCUUCAAUGAACCGGUUGCUACAAGCUUCUCCAAUGAGUUUGAAAGUCUAUCCAUUCUACACAAUAUCUGCUCUGUCAGCCCGAGUUUUUUUGAAGAAAAAGAAAUACACGAAGAAAAAGAAGACUCCAAUUUUGUUCAUGAAAAGACAUUUCCAGUUCUCGGACCUUCUCCAUCGAACCAAAAUUCAAGUACAGAAGACAUCAACCUGGGAGUGACUCUAGUUGAAGAAGCAAGCUCACUGAAAGAUCUAGAAUCCAGUUAUGAAAACAAAGGGGCUCUUGAGCUACCUGAGUUGCCUCAAGAAAAUGAAAAAUAUGAUCUUCUUGAUAAUCAUUUUCAUAUCGAUUCACCAUUUAAGCAGAUAGAUCACGAAGAACGUGAAAGACACGACCUUCUUGAUCAGUCCACUCAUUCUGAUAUUAAUAACAAGAAGGCGCCUGUCGAUUCUGGGAGCCCGAGGAAUGUGAUACUGCAUGAACAUUUAACAUUAAUACAUAAUGAAAUCCCAUGUUCUCAAGAUAGAUUGGCUAGUAAAGUUGAACUGGAUACUGAAGGGAACUUAUCUGAAGAAAUAUCAUGCAAUGUACCCGAAAAGCUGGAUUGUGAAGUUAACUCAAAAGAUUCAAACUUCAUUACAUCUGUUGAAAAGGUUGAUCAAGAAGCUCCUAAACAUGACGAUUCAUGUUAAGGAGAUGCAGACUCCUAAAAACUGGGUACAAGAUCAGGUGAUUCUGAUAAGGAAUGAGAAAGUGUGAACCAAUCUUUCUGGGAAAAGGAAGAAUGAUGAAUUGGGUUUUGAUUUUUUUUCUUCUAUUACAUGCUAGCAAGUCGCUAGUUACAUAAUUAUUUGUUCCUUUUUCUUUAAUUUUUUAUUCUUUUUUGUUUUGGUGUGCCUUGUCUGAGGGCUCUUGGGAUAGUUUGGACUAUUCCAUUUGGUUUUCUGUUUUGGUUUCAUUUGUAUGUCGAUUUUUGAGAGAAAAGCAGUAAUGAGUGGCUAUUGCAAACUGUUAAAUUGUAUGCUGUUCAUAUAUAUACACUGUUAAUUUUAAUGUAAAGUGAGUGGCUAUAGCAUUAUAAAUCUCUACAAUUCUAUAGAGCAGGGCAUGCUUCUCUUA